CAUGUUCAGUUUAGUGAAGAGGCAGGCAAUUUUCUCCAAAACUGUUUAGAAUGUUCAGUUCUAAAGAAUACCUGCAGAAGAAGACUGGUCCUUGGGGAAUUGGUCGCUUUAGCUAUCUGCAAUCUUUAGUAACCGAAUUUCAGGACACCUCCAGCGAAGAGUCCAAGGAACAAGUGCUUGCAAAUUUGGCCAAUUUCGCAUAUGAUCCUAUCAAUUAUGACUUCAUGAGGAAGUUGAAUGUUUGGGAUCUUUUUCUUGAUUGUUUGACAGAGAGUAAUCCAAAGUUAGUUGAAUUUGCCAUUGGUGGUAUUUGCAACUGUUCCCUUGACAAGGACAACAGAGAUCACAUUCUGAAAAAUGAUGGAGUUAAACUUGUUGUAGGCUGCUUAUCAAGUGAUAAUGAAGAAACUGUGCUAUCUGCCAUUACAUGCCUAAUGUUUCUCUUCACUCAAGAAUCCAGGGAAGAAGUUGCCAGUCUUCCAGUGGUAGAGUGCAUGCUCAGAUUUAGUAAGUCUGCCAACCCGAGACUGGGGAACUUGGCCACAGUCUUCUUACAGGAAUAUUGUUCUGGAGAUCAGAUUCAGGCAGCCAUGCAAUUUCAAGAACAUCUGCAGCAGCAGCAACAUUCACAUCACCCAACCUGAUGCUUGCAGACAGACUGGUGUCACACAAUGAAUUAAGUUCCAGGACAUACACAC